GUGAAGCUUUACUUUUCUGAUUCACAAAGCAUCCCACUGAUGGAUGGCUCAAGAUAGCCGGUAGUUGCACCCAACCUCCAUAAACAAUGCCCCUGCUUCUUAUCCUCUUUUCAAAUCCUUCAGGAAGCGCCUCUUCGACAGAUGUGGUCCUAAAUGGUGGCUUCCCUCCCCGAUCAGCAAUCAAUUAGUAGUCCAAAUCUUCAAGAAAACCACCCGAUUCUUCAUUUCACAUCCCUUCACCUUUAUCUUCCUCAUCUCUCUUGUUUUCGCCUUCUGUUUCAACGUUGAGAAGGGGGCCCACUACCUCAUCUCUUCCGUCGACGGCGACCCUUCUCUCAAGUCCCUCAUCUCCCAUCUCAACCUAUUUGGCAACCAACAAUACCACCACCACCGCCACCCUUACCAUAUCCGCCGCCGCCGCCGUCACGCCUUUCUUCAUCUCUCUAGCGUCGAAACCUUUGACGAAAACUUCUUCUUGGGUGAUUUCGAUUAAGCCCGCUCCCUCUUCAACCCCACCACUAAAUUCGAACCCAAUGGGACCUUUGUGAUUCUCUCCAAUUUCAACCCCAGUCUGGGGUUUUUCGCCCGACCCCAUUGUGGACAAUGGCGCCUCUUUCGCAGUACGAUCUGGUGUUGUUGCCUUUAUAACCCCUUCAGAGCCAUUAGAAAUCCCUCAAGAAAGCACCUCGUUACAUCCUGAUGCUAAUGAUUCCACCAAGGAUUCAAAUGCUGUUGUUGAUUUACACUUCUUGCUAAGGGGUCUUGAAUUAGGCUGACGCGACACCAUGGCAUUGAUGUACUUUGUUUAGAUUUUAUCAGCUGCAUAUGGGUACGUGAUCUUGGCAUUCUUGGUUACUUACAUUUGGGUCAAUGGAAUUGUAUUUUAUCAGGUUUCCAAUGAUUUGUUAGGGAAAUCCAAGAACUUUUUCAAGGGUAUUUGGGAUGGAUAAAAUUUGGGGAUAAGAAGGCUGUCUAGAUUUGUUUUAAUAAGGUGCCUGUAAGGGAUGUUGUAAGGGAUGCAUUGGCUCAACUGAUGGGGAUAUAUUUUUUUGGACAAAUGGAUGAUCAGUAUGAGUUUUUCAAGUUUUUUAUGAGGAUGAAAUUGAUGUAUUUCUUUGACGUCGUACCGUGGGUUUUGGGGCAUGAGAGAGAAAGAAAGUUUGGGGUUUAUGGCGUUUUUACAAUAGAUACGUGGGUUGCCAUUGUUGAUUCAAGGAAGAGCGGGAGAGAGGUGGUGCCCAGUAGUGAAGUCCCUAAAAUGCCCUUUUUGGGUUUAUCGAUUAAGAGCAUAAUGAAAAUUAUGUAGGGCGCCGCCGCUGAAUUCCUUGACGUAAAAUAAUAUAUAAGUUUAAGGAUUAAAUUGGCUACAAAUAAUAUAUAGGGAUUAAAUUGACGUAAAAAAAAAUUUAGGGACUAAAUUGAUCAUUUUUCCGCCCCUAAAAGACGGAAAAAGCCUUCGGCUUCUUUCCUCACUCCUCAAGUUCUCAUCACCGGUUGCAGCUGGAGCCCGACGAAGAAGAAGAGUAGAAUACGAAGGAGAUGAAGAAAAAGGCUUUCUCAGUCGUCUAUGAUGCUCAUCUCCGCCACAAGGCAGGGGCAAGAGGUACUGUUCCUACUGCUACUUGUACUACUCUUUCAUUUCUUUCUCCAAGAAACUCAAUCCUUCAAUCAGCUUUUCAUUCUGCUGCUUCUCAAGCCUAUAGUACUCGUAGUAAAACUAGAAAUUGUCCCCCUGAGAUUGUUCGUUCUGGGUCUCGAGGAUUAAGGAGUGAUAUUGACAGUAUCAGCAACCUUGAUGAAGCUCUGGGCUUUUACAAGCAGAUGGUUCGGAUGAGACCUUUGCCUAGUGUUGUUCAUUUCACUCAAUUGCUGGGUCGUAUUGUUAAGAUGAAGCAAUAUUUGGUGGUUAUUUCUCUUUACAGGGAUAUGGCUGAGUUAGGAUGCAUUCCGCUUGAUGAAUACCCGCUAUGUAUUGUGAUUAACUGUUAUUGCUUCUUGGGUAAAGUGAAUUUUGGGUUUUCUAUAUUGGGUAGCUUCUUCAAGCGAGGUAUUUUGCCCAAUACGGCCACCUUUACCACUCUGCUCAAAGGACUCUUUCGGGAACACAAAAUUCAUGAGGCACAAGGAUUGUUCAAGAAAAUAAUAUAUGAAAAGCUAUGCAUACUGGAUGAAAUUACGUAUGGGACUGUCAUAGAUGGGCUUUCUAGGGCUGGGAACACUAGCAUGGCCAUUCAAGUCCUUAGAUUCAUGGAAAAAGGAGGAAGGUGCAGGCCUCAUACAGCUGCUUACAACACUAUUAUCGACGGGUUGUGCAAGGAUAAAAUGAUGGAUCAAGCUCUCUCCCUGUUACACGAGAUGAUUGAGAAAGGAAUUGCCCCCGAUGUCAUCACUUACAAUUGUUUGGUCCAGGGUCUAUGCAAUUUAAGUAAAUGGAAGGACGUUGAAAAUCUCUUAACUGAGAUGAAGGCUUAUAAUAUUGUUCCUGAUGUUAUUACUUUUAAUAUUCUGAUUGAUGCACUAUGUAAGGAAGGACAGUUAGCUGAUGCAGAGCAGGUUUUAACUGCCAUGAUUGAGCAAAAUCAGAAUCCUACUACAGUCACUUAUAAUGCAUUGAUGGAUGGGUACUGUUUACAGGGUCAAAUGGGUGAGGCAAGGAGAAUUUUUGAUAAAAUGGCUGCUAGCGGCCUUAGUCCUGAUGUUCAAAGCCAUACUAUAUUGAUAAAUGGCUAUAUGAAGAAAAUGAAAGUGGAACCGGCCAUGAAUCUCUUCCAUGAAAUCCAACAUAAAGGGUUAACACCGAAUGUUGUUACCUAUAACACUGUUCUGCAGGGCUUAUUUGGUGUGGGGAGGUAUCUUACGGCAAUUGAAGUUUUCAAUGAGAUGCAAGCUGCUGGCUUAAAGCCUGAUUUUUACACUUACUGUGUAUUGUUGGAUGGUUUAUGCAAGAAUUCACAUGUUGAGGAAGCGCUUCAUCUAUUGCAGAAGAUGGAAGUUGAAGGAGUAGAUUGUCAGAUAUCUAUGUACAACAUCAUCAUUGAUGGAUUAUGCAAAAGUGGGAGGCUUGAUACGGCCCGGCAUCUUUUCUAUAGUCUCUCUUCUAAAGGAUUAGAUCCUGAUGUUAAAACAUAUAACUCGAUGAUAAAUGGCCUCUUUUCAGAAGGAUUACUACAGGAAGCCAAAGAGUUUAUUAAGAAAAUGGAAGAAAAUGUUUGCACUCCAGAUCUAAUUACAUUUAAUAUUAUUGUUCAAGGACUUCUGAAGGCUGGUGAAUUUUAUGAUGCAGUGGUUUAUUUUGAUGAAAUGGAUAGGAAAGGAUUCUCCCUGCAUUUGUCUACUUUUUCCAUUUUACUAGAUUCAUACAAAGAUAGUGGAAAUGAUCCCUCUCUUUUUAAGAUAAUUGAGAAGUUCGCUUCAAAAAUUGGUAAUCGAAGUCUAACUGUUGGAGAAGGGGGAUCUUAUCCUUAAUUGGCUCCAUUUGGGAUCUCUGGAUUUCGGCUCCUUUUUUGCUUCUAACAUGUAAUCAUUGUGUAAUACGUGAUGUAGAUUUGCCAUUGAUCUUAUUUGCAGUAUCUUUCCUUUCAGUGUUUCACAAAGUUUAACAACAGAACCUUGGAGCAGCACUCUUUGGACAUAUCUGGGGAUUUGAAGAUUUCAUAUUUUGCUGGGUGAUAAGCGACAGCGUGUUGAGGCUCACUCAUCAUGCAGAUGAAAAGAGCAGCUGCCUGUCUGUUUUGAAUGCUAUUCGUGGAUGCAUUAGCAGGAAUGUAUUUAGGAUCCAGUGAAUCAGGGAGCUUACCAAGUUUAAAUCCCUGAAACCUGUUUUUCUCAUGAUCACAAGCAUAAACUCGUGACAGGUUAGUCAUUAUAUUUGGUUCAUAAUUCAGUUCUGUAGUCUAGAACUUGGUGUUUUGGGAUUUUUCUGUGAUUUCGCCGAGGUGGUCAGGCAGAUUGAUUGCUAGUUCCCUUCUACUGGUGAUCUGACAUUUCUUAGAACAAAUACUCUAUAAAGGUGCAGAAAUGUGGUCUCGGCAUCUCAAACUUUCAAACCAUUUGUCUAUGCUCUGUUUCUGCAUUCAGACAUCUCUUGGAGUCUGUUUCUGUUAGGCUUUCUGGGAAUAAGUUUGAUGGCCGAUGCCUGUUGAACUCUUCCUACAUUUUGACUGGAAAUGGAUUCAGCUGAAGAAAAGAAGGUGAAAGCUUAAGAACAUAUAUUUUCUUGAUAAAUGAAUGCCUUAAUUCAAGGUUGAACGCGCAUGGAUGGGAGCAAAGUAAGAAGCUGGAUGGACUCUUCUAAAUAUUUUUGAAAGUACCUGUUUAUUUGUGAUGCAGCUAUUGUCUUCUCUUGUAUUUGUUUGGCUAAGUACUCUGGAGAAAGUGCCAGCACUCGGCAUAUACAUAGGUUCAUGAGGACCAUAAUUAUCUUGCAUUUUAAUACUAGCUUCAUUGGAAACCCCUAAUUUUGUUUUAGGGAUCCUGAGCAUCA